AUGCACAAACUCUAUAAAGCUAACGGUGAACGGCCUCUUAAGAUAGUAUUCGGCGUAAAUACUAACAUGCCGAUUGGGGAGAUGUACGAAUGUUUCAUUCGGGAGGUUGGGAGCCAUAAGUGGCGGGACAUCGGUUUUCAUAAAGACACAUGGACAGAGGUUUCUAAAGCUGAAAGGAUUGGAAUGUUGCAGUAUCUUUUGAGAUGGUUUGAUUUUGACGCGAUUACAAAUCAUCCCAUGGCUUCAACUUAUUGGGCAUCACUGAACAAUCAGAUAUGUGCGCGAUAUAGAGGCCGCAAAAAUAUUGCAAAAAACCGGUUUGAUGAUUUUGCAGGGAAUGUGGAGGCAGCAAGGGUUCAAGCCCCUAGGGGUAUGGAUCAGCAGCGUUGGAAUGCUGCUAUUGACAAUUUCUUAACAGAAAAACAUGAAAAACGAUCCGCUGGAAACAAAGAAUUCCGAAAGAAGCAAGAUGUUAAUGUGAAUACUUUUCUUCAAAACCCGGCAUUUGUGACGGCCAUUGGAGACAUUAUUCGCUCGUUUAAAAACCAAGUCAACGAGGAAAACAACGAUGGAGAGGACGGUGGGAAGGCGAAGACAACUAGUAUUUCUUGUUUUAUGAUAUGGAGGAUCGACACCUUUAGAGACGACUACGAUCAAUUGCGACGACGAGGACCUCUGGCGAGUAUUGCCGGAAAAACUCCUGCCGGUGGCCGGAAUAUUAAUAGAGACGACACUAUUAGAGACGGGAAUGGUGUAUUAGGAACGACGUGUAUUAGAGACGACAUAGGGCUAUUAGCUACAAGCCAAUUGCGGUGUCGCUUUAGUGACGACAUGUCGUCGCUAAUACCAUUAGCAACGACAGACGUGAUCAAUUGCGAUGACUUUUGUCGCUGCUAA